AUGGUCAAGCUGGAAACCUUGGAGGCUCAUGAUGGUGCCACCAAAGGAAAAUACACUAUUGGGCUUGGACAAGAUUGCAUGGCAUUUUGUACAGAGGUGGAAGAUGUCAUCUCUAUGAGUUUGACUGCUGUUGCUUCCCUCCUUGAGAAAUAUGAGAUUGAUCCAAAGCAAAUUGGAUGGCUGGAAAUUGGCAGUGAAACCGUGAUAGACAAAAGCAAGUCCAUUAAGACCUUCCUAAUGCAAAAUUUUGAGGAAUCUGGUAAUACUGACAUUAAAGGAGUGGAUUCAACAAAUGCAUGCUAUGGUGGGACUGCUUGUAUCAAUUGGGUGGAGAGUAGUUCAUGGGAUGGGCGUUAUGGACUUCUUGUGUGCACCGACAAUGCGGUAUGA